GACCACGAAGAAACCGGCGAACUUCAUCUGCUUUGAUCCUACACAGCUGCCGUAGCCGUCAUGGCGGUCCUGGAGGGAGCUGUGUUUGCUAUUUUACUUACAUGUUUGUUAUUUAUUAUCCGGUUAUAUAUUGUCGUGAAGACUGGACCAAACUAUAAACCUGGAACCAAAGGUCCGGUCGCUGUUCUCGUCGUUGCAGGAUCAGGUGGUCACACCACAGAGAUCCUGCGGCUGAUGGAGAGCCUGUCGGCAGCAUACAGCCCUCGACACUAUGUCAUCGCUGACACGGACACGAUGAGUGAGGAGAAGAUCUGCACCUUUGAAAGCUCCAAACAACGCUUAGACUCUGAGUCGCAGUUCACCAUCUGUCGCAUCCCACGGAGCCGGGAGGUCCACCAGUCCUGGGGUUCCUCUGUUCUCAGCACCCUAGACGCCCUGCGGUACUCCCUUCCUCUGGUGUUUAGACUCAGACCCGACAUGGUGUUGUGCAACGGCCCAGGGACCUGCGUUCCUCUGUGUGUGGCAGGACUCCUGCUUGGAAUUCUGGGAAUGAAGAAAGUCCUGCUUGUUUACGUUGAAAGCAUCUGCCGGGUGCAGACACUGUCACUCACAGGAAAGAUCCUGUACCCAAUAUCGGACUAUUUCUUUGUGCAAUGGUCGUCUCUGAGAGACAAGUACCCCAAAUCUAUUUUCCUUGGAAGAAUAGUGUGAAGACAUCGGUUACGCGUAUAAACAUGUUGUAAUGCUCAUGAAUAAAUGCUCUAUUUUUAUUUUUU